AUGAUAUCCGGACCACUCUCCCUGUUCUUUCUGCUCAUCGCUCUCGCUGUCGCCAACGAUGUCGGUCCCAGCUACAGUUCCCUGACUGACGCAGAUACCUGGGAAACCAGAUAUGGUCCCUACCCCUUCCACUCGUACCGCUCGGCCAACAUCACUUCUCCUGCUGUGAGAAAGGCGGUCGACUCGCCGCAAUGCUAUGACGACAACUACAUCUUUCUCUCUCCAAGAGGCUUUCGCGUUUCAAACCCGGCCGUCACCAUUAUCGACAACCACGGAAAGCUCGUCUGGUCGCAAAACGUCCAAGGGCAGGCAUACAACCUCAAAGUUCAAGAGUACCAGGGUGAACAAGUCUUGACGUACUGGGUCGGCGAUGAUGCGGUCGGCGGACAUGGAGAAGGCUACUUUUACGUCCUCAACAGCAAGUACGAAGAAAUCGCCCGCAUCAGAGGUGUCAACAAUCUGCGUGCCGACCUCCACGAGUUGACCAUUACUCCUGCCGGCACUGCUCUUGUCACCUUCUACCAGAUAUACCCUCUCAGACAGCCUGGCGUCUUUAGAAUUACCGACACCGUCUACAUCUGGGACUGCCUGUUCCAAGAGUUUGACAUGGCCUCUCAGAAACUCAUCUUCGAGUGGAGGGCGUCUGAACACCAUCAGCUCAAUGAGUCGUAUGCACCUCUUGGUGGAGAGGGGCUCAGCUUAGAUCACCCUUAUGAUUGGUAUCACAUUAAUAGCGUCCAAAAAGAUGACCUCGGCAACUAUCUCGUCUCUGCUCGCUUCACCUCGACGAUCACCUACAUCAAUGGUCAAACCGGCGCCAUCAUCUGGAUCCUGGGAGGAAAGCGCAACUCAUUUUCUGACUUGAGCAACGGUCACGCGACAAAUAUGCAAUACCAACAUGUCGCUCGCUUCACACCUCUGACCACAUUUCCUAACUUGAUGGCCAAGGAGAUCGCCGACCAUGGAAAGAAGAUACACAAAGGCGGCAUCACUAAGCAAUUGCUCACCCUCUUCGACAACGGCAUCCCGCCACGCCCGGCUCGAGGUCUCAUUCUCGAAUUGACAUAUCCAAGUCCAGGCAUCGAGAGCAACGCACCUCUGACUGCAAAACUCAUCAAGUCCUACGAACACCCUCUACACAUCGACUCUGUCUCCCAAGGAUCGCUGCAGAUCGUCCACUCGAACAUCACUACCGCUUCCGACCCUCACAUCCUACUCGGCUUUGGCUGGCAAGGCACUUGGACCGAACACCUUGCUGACGGCACCUUGCUUUGCGACUCCCGGAUUGUUGUCGAAAAGGCCAUGAACAGUCCAGGAAAAGGAUACGUGCAAUCAUACUCGGUACUCAAAUUUCCUUGGAAGGGCAUGCCGUACUAUGCCCCUGUUGCCGUUCCUGGCAAAGACAAGACUAGCGUCUUUGUAAGCUGGAAUGGCGCGACAGGUGUCCAUGCUUGGCGACUCAGUUUCAUGAUCGAGGACAAAUGGCAGGUGCAUAGGAAAAUGCUGAAAGAGGGCUUCGAGACUGAAAUUGAUCUUCCUCACCCGAACGGCGUAGAGACAAAAUUGAUCAGGUAUGUGGUUGUCGAGGCUUUGGAUGAAGAUGGCAAAGUGCUCGGCAAGACGGAGAUGGUGGAUAUGUGGGCGAGAGGAAUGGUGAGUAGAAUUACUCAGAUGGCACCUGUGGGAGACAGUUUUGCGUCGCUGCUUGGACUUGUUUUUGUCAUUGCUGUUGUACUGUUUGUUGCUGAUCGCAUGAUCAAGUCGAAAAGAAGUGGGCUGGCGUAUCAGAAGUUGAGGCGGCAUUGA